AAAACAUCUCAGACAAAUCUGUCACUACAAGAACAGCGUAACUGGUUUAUAAAUGGGAUAUAUUUGAAUUAUUUGACCUUGGUAUGUCCUGGUUGGUAUCCAUAUGCGUUACACCACAACGCACGUCUUACAUAUUGUCCUGCGCGAACAUCCAAGCCAACAGAGGGAGCAAGCUUCACAUCCAGUGUCUUGGAGUACGCCAACAAAUACGCAACAAGAACUCUCCGAUCUAACGUGGGAUGCGUAAUGGCGGAAAACUCAAGUUGUUAGCUACGAACCCAGAAACUCUCAACUAAAGUCUCAAAAGACUUCUCUCAACACCAACCAUUAUACCUAAGGCUGAUACAUAUUGGUUUUCAAGAAAGCAGAAAUGGAACAGUUCACAGACGCUGGUCAGAUUGCAGUUGAGGAACUUUCCAAGCCAUCAGAAGCAGAAGGCAGUGGCAAUGGAUCAUGCAUACCCACGGAGGGCACCGCAGGUGACGCCAGCAUCAAAGAGUCACCUUUGGGCAAAAGAAAGCGACCUCAGGAGGAAGAGGGUGAUGAGGAAUCCCCUUCCAAGAAACUGGUCACAGAGGAGGGGCAUCACAGCAAGAAAGUGGCGUCGCACUAUAACUCGCUGCAGGAGUGUGGUUUGGCCGAGCGCAGUAGGAGCAGAAUUGUUCACAUGCGAAACUUCAACAACUGGCUGAAGAGUGUCCUCAUAGGUGAGAUCCUGGAUAAGGUGCGUCAGCGCCAGAGAGAGGUGUCUGUGCUGGACCUGGGCUGUGGGAAAGGAGGAGACCUUCUCAAGUGGAGGAAAGGCCACAUCAACCGACUAGUUUGUGCAGACAUAGCAGCUGUGUCGGUGGAACAGUGUCAACAGCGCUACAAUGACAUGAGGAGAAAGUGUCACCCCAACGAGCGAAUAUUCUCUGCCGAGUUCAUCACAGCUGACUGCACCAAGGAGCUGCUGUCAGAGAAGCUGUCAGAUGAGAGUCUUCAGUUUGACGUGUGUAGCUGCCAGUUUGUGUACCACUACUCGUUUGAGACCCAGGAGCAGGCUGACACCAUGAUGCGCAAUGCCUGUGAGAGGCUCCGCCCUGGGGGCUUCUUCAUCGGCACCACGCCUGACGCCUAUGAGCUGGUAAAGCGUUUAGAAACCUCCGACACCAACUCGUUUGGGAACGAGGUGUACAAAGUAACUUUCCAGAAGAAAGGAGACUUUCCUCUUUUUGGCUGCAAGUAUGACUUCAACUUGGAGGGUGUGGUUGAUGUCCCAGAGUUCCUUGUCUAUUUCCCAAUGUUUGAAGAGAUGGCAAAGAAGUACAACAUGCGGCUAGUGUAUAAGAAGACCUUCCAUGAGUUUUUCCAAGAGAAAAUUCAGAAUGAGCAGAAUAAAACUCUGAUGCAGAGGAUGGGGGCACUGGAGCAAUACCCAGGCGGUGAUGCGGAUAAGCUGGCUUCUGAUAGGCCAGAGGAGUAUGAGCAUGCCAAGAUGCGCUCUGAGCAAGAGAACACCAGAAUGCCACUGGGAACUCUAAGCAAGUCUGAAUGGGAAGCCACAAGCAUAUACCUGGUGUUUGUGUUUGAGAAGAUGGAGUCCUGAACAUGGAAGAGCCUGACGUGUGGAUGAUGCAAGAGGACUGUACUGAUUCAUUUUUCUUUCUUUAAAAAAAAAAAAAAAAAAGAUCAAAUCGGCAACUUUUUUUCUUUUCUUCUUUAGUUGAUGUAUUUGGCAUGUACAAAGAUUGUCUGCACAGUGUCUGCCUCAAAGAGAUAGGGUCAAAAACAUUUUUGUACAAAAGCCAUUGUUUUUUUGUGGUCGGGAUUAUGGUUAAAAUCAAGACAUACCUCAAAUGAUGACAGAUAACAAAUAUACUGUAUAUGUAACCUGUGUAUGGCAUAUGGCCCACGCCCACACACACACACACACACACAGACAGAGAGAGAGAGAGAGAGAGAGAGAGAGAGAGAGUGUAACAGUAACUCCUUUGAGCACCUCUGUCACCAACAUCGAUGCUGUGAGUCAUGUUCAGCUGCUGCUCAAAGAUGUAGCAAAAAAUCGUUUGAAAUCGUUACUGAUUGCCCGGUACAGUUGCGCUCUGGGCACGCCACGUUAAAAUCAAAGCAAACCUAUGCUUUGUUGCCCGUCAGCAAAUGGCAAGCACACGACACGGUGGAGCGUGAGCUGCCCUCGGCCAUUUACCUCAUGGUAUCUCAUGACCGAGCGCGUUAUCCAUAGUCUUCAGUCCGGAUACCCUGAACUGGCCAUUGGCUUUGUCAGAAUCGCAUAAUUGUUUUCUAUGUCAGCACAUAAAUGAGAUUGUGAAGAAGAAACAUGUCUGGGCUCCAUUUCAAGGGAACUGUUUUGAUGCCUCAAAUCUGUUAGUUGUUUUCAAGGGGUUUAUGGACUAUGUAUGUGGGAUGACUUUGUUAAUAGCUAAAUUCAAAAACAGUAUUUUGUAGAUGUAUGUCAUUAGACUGUCAAGAUCCAAUUAAAUGACAAAUGCCAUUUAAUACUCCAA